GGAGCCCUAGUAAGUCACCACCGCACUCCCUCAAAGGGCUUUCUGCGCAGGCGCGGAGUCAGGAAACCGCAGCUGCCACAGCCAUCGCUACCUCUGGUGUUUGACGACUCCCGGAAGACGAGCCGAUAGGACCAGAGAUUAUUCCUGGGUGGGAGGGUCCGCUGACUGGGUGUGAGGCUGCGGAGAGGAAAUUUCCCCCAAAGAAAACCUUUCCAACCUAGUGGGUUGGAGGGAGAGAAGACAAAUUGAGCGCCCCUGGCUCACUUCCCCACUCCCAAGCCCCGCCCGAGCCCCGCGGGUGUGGCACACGUGGUCUGGGCGCCACAAGGCGGAGAUCUCGGGCCUCAGGCCGAGGCCGGAGCCUUGCUGGGAGGAUCGCGGGCCAUGGGCACUCAUCCCCGCCUCGGCAUCCGCCGCUGACGUCUUCUGAGAAGUCUGGGGAGGGAGGAGCUCCGACAGGCGGGCUCGGGUGGCUGGCAGCGCCUGGGAGGGCCAGGUCGGAGAGAGGAAGCUCCUCCCUUGUGCGCCCCGCCGCCGCGGAGUUGACCCGUCUCUAGAAGAGAAGAGUCUGCUCCGGCUCCGGAUAAGCAGCGGCUUGGCGUGGGCUGCGUGGAGAAUGGACGGCCCCGUGACCUAGUGUCCAGCAGCCUGUAGGGCCUGCCGACCCUGCUCACGCAGGGGGUGGAGCCGCGGGAGCGACGGGCACUUCCGGAAUCGACCGGCUGCCUGAGUGCCCGCGCCACCCGCUACCAUGAACGAGGAGGCCAUCUGCAGCGCCCUGCCCACCAUCCCGUACCACAAGCUCGCCGACUUGCGCUACCUGAGCCGCGGCGCGUCCGGCACCGUGUCUUCUGCCCGCCACGCAGACUGGCGCGUUCAGGUGGCCGUGAAACACCUCCACAUUCACACCCCGCUGCUCGACAGUGAAAGAAAUGAUGUCUUAAGAGAAGCUGAAAUUUUACACAAAGCUAGAUUUAGUUACAUUCUUCCAAUUUUGGGAAUUUGCAAUGAGCCUGAAUUUUUGGGAAUAGUUACUGAAUACAUGCCAAAUGGGUCAUUAAAUGAACUCCUACAUAGGAAAAAUGAAUAUCCUGAUGUUCCUUGGCCAUUAAGAUUUCGUAUUCUGCAUGAAAUUGCACUAGGUGUAAAUUACCUGCACAAUAUGAAUCCUCCUCUACUUCAUCAUGACCUGAAGACUCAGAAUAUCUUAUUGGAUAAUGAAUUUCAUGUUAAGAUUGCAGAUUUUGGUUUAUCAAAAUGGCGCAUGAUGUCCCUCUCACAAUCACGAAGUAGUAAAUCUGCACCAGAAGGAGGGACAAUUAUCUAUAUGCCACCUGAAAACUAUGAACCUGGACAAAAAUCAAGGGCUACUAUCAAGCAUGAUAUAUAUAGCUAUGCAGUUAUCACAUGGGAAGUCUUAUCUAGAAAACAGCCUUUUGAAGAAGUCACCAAUCCUUUGCAGAUUAUGUAUAGUGUGUCACAAGGACAUCGACCUGACACUAAUGAAGAAAGUUUGCCAUUUGAUAUACCUCAUCGAGCACUUAUGAUCUCUCUAAUAGAAAGUGGAUGGGCGCAAAAUCCAGAUGAAAGACCGUCUUUCUUAAAAUGUUUAAUAGAACUUGAACCAGUUUUGCGAACAUUUGAAGAGAUAACUUUUCUUGAAGCUGUUAUUCAACUAAAGAAAACAAAGAGUGCUUCAAGUACCGUUCACUUAUGUGACAAGAAGAAAAUGGAGUUAUCUCCGAACAUACCUGUAAAUUAUGGUCCACAGGAGGAAUCCUGUGGCUCCUCUCAGCUCCAUAAAACUAGUGUUUCUCCUGGAACCUCAAGGUCCCUGUCAGCUCCUCAAGACAAUGAUUUUCUAUCUAGAAAAACUCAAGACUUUUCUGUGAUGCGUCAAUGUCCAGUAAAUCACAGUUGUGACAGUAACAUUUCUGUGGCUCAAAGAGCAACAUUCUGUGAUCACAGGGCUGCUCCAUGCUCUUUAGCAAUAAUAAAUCCACUCUCAGCAGAGGGAAAUUCAGAGCGAUUUCAGCCUGGUAUAACCCAACAGUGGAUCCAGAGUAAAAGGGAAGAUAUUGUGAACCAAAUGACUGAAGCCUGCCUUAACCAAUCUCUAGAUGCCCUCCUGUCCAGGGAUUUGAUCAUGAAGGAGGACUAUGAACUCAUUAGUACCAAACCUACGAGGACCUCAAAAGUCAGACAAUUAUUGGAUACUAGUGACAUCCAAGGAGAAGAAUUUGCCAAAGUUAUAGUACAAAAAUUGAAAGAUAACAAGCAGAUGGGUCUUCAACCUUACCCAGAAAUACUUGUGGUUUCUCAAUCUCCAUCUUUAAAUUUAUUUCACAGUAGAAACCUAUAAGUAACUCUUUUUCAAGAAUAAAAGUCAGUGUAUAAAAGGGUAUUUUAUAUUUCUGUUGCCUUGAUAAUGUUUUUAUGAGAUUCAUAUGAAUAUUAGAAACGUUAAUGAAGUUUCUUCUUCAGAUAAAUAUUAGUCUCCUUCCAUUAUAUUAUAGUAUUUUUUAAAUUAAUACAGUAGAAAGUGUGAUUUUUGCUGCAUAGUUCAAUUCUUUUUGUCUCUUUGGUUAAUUGAAACUAUUUUUUCAAUGUAAUAAUUAUAUUUUUAUUGUACAAAACAGUGUCUUCAGGUUUCAUGUGUUUCUCAUGGAAACCAUUUUCACAUAUACUUUCUUUGUGGAUUAUUUAUUACUUGUUUAAGAUGCUUGACUUUCUGAAGACUUAAAUCAAAGAAACUUUUAAAUGUUAGUUAUUCAGUUCUUUAGAAAAUUGUUUCAAAGAUAAGCAAUACAAAGUGUAUAAAGAAAAAGUUAAUCCUUCAACAUGUGUUUCUACUUCUAUUUCUAGCCUCAAGUAACAACCAAGGUAACAACCAAAGUUAACAGCAUGAUGUGUAUCGUUCUAUCCCUUUCUUCCUGCUCAUAUUUAAAGUAUAUGCCCGGGGGGACCUUCAAGAUGGCAGAGGAGUAAGACGUGGAGAUCACCUUCCUCCCCACAAAUACAUCAGAAAUACAUCUACAUGUGGAAAAACUCCUGCAGAACACCUACUGGACACUGGCGGAAGACCUCAGACUUCCCAAAAGGCAAGAAACUCCCCAUGUACCUAGGUAGGGAAAAAGGAAAAACAGAGACAAAAGAAUAGGGACAGGACCUACACCUCUGGGAGGGAGCUGUGAAGGAGGAAAAGUUUCCACACACUAGGAAGCCCCUUCACUGGCAGAGAUGGGGGGUGGGCAGUGGGGAAGCUUCAGGGCCAUGGAAGAGAGCACAGCAGCAAGAGUGUAGAGGGCAAAGUGGAGAUAUUCCCACACAGAGGAUCGGUGCCUACCAGCAUUCACGAGCCAGAGAGGCUUGUCUACUCACCCUCCAGGGUGGGUGGGGGCUGGGAGCUGAGGCUCAGGCUACGGAGGUCAGAUCCCAGAGAGAGGACUAGGGUUGCUUGUGUGAACACAGCCUGAAGGAGGCUAGUGAUCCACAACUAUCUGGGGGGGAGUCCGGGGAAAAGUCUGGACCUGCCUAAGAGGCAAGAGACCAUUGUUUCAGGGUGUGCAAGGAGAGGGGAUUCAGAGCACCGUCUAAACGAGCUCCAGAGACAAGCGCGAGCCACAGCUACCAGUACGGACACCAAAGGCGGGCAUGAGACGCUAAGGUUGCUGCUGCAGCCACCAAGAAGCCUGUGUGCAAGCACAGAUCACUAUCCACACCUCCCCUCCGGGAGCCUGUGCAGCCCACCACUGACAGGGUCCCGUGAUCCAGGGACAACUUCCCUGGGAGAACACACGGCGUGCCUCAGGCUUUUGAAACGUCACACCAGCCUCUGCCAGUCAGGCUCGCCCCGCAUUCUGUACGCAUCCCUCCCACCCGGCCUGAGUGAACCAGAGCCCCCUAAUCAGCUGCUCCUUUAACCCCUCCCUAUCUGGGCGGGGAACAGAUGCCCUCAGGUGACCUACACACAGAGGCAGGGCCAAAUCCAAAGCUGAACCUCAGGAGCUGUGCAGACAAAGAAGAGAAAGGGAAAUCUGUCCCAGCAGCCUCAGGAGCAGUGGAUUUAAUCUCCACAAUCAACUUGAUGUACCCUGCAUCUGUGGAAUACCUCAACAAAUCAUCCCAAAAUUGAGGCGGUGGACUUUGGGAGCAACUGUAGACGUGCUGUUUGCUUUCUGCAUCUAAUUUGUUUCUGGUUUUAUGUUU